AAAAAUAUUUGAAUUUCGUAUCAGUCGAUUCAUUUUCUUUUACUUUGAAUUAUUAUUGGGACCCUGUAGAGUAGAGGGAAGAACUGUUUAAAGAAAUGAAAAUCUUAAUUAUUUUAUUGUCAAUUGCAUUGAUUUGUGCAUCAAGUCGUGCAUCAAGUUCGUCGUCAGGGUCAUCAUCAUCAUCAUCUUCAUCAUCAUCCUCGUCUUCAUCUUCUUCAAGUGAAUCAUCGUCACAUGAAUCUUCUCACCAUUCUCGUAAAAUAAAGUGCUCAUAUACAUUAUGGAUUGGAGAUGACAUUGAUCGCGACUAUUCAAUUGAAUUGAAAUCUAAACCAGGGAUCCCAUUUAUCGAUGUAAUGAAUCAAGCUGCUGCAAAGAGCAGUCGUUUCAAAUUUGACCAUACAAAUCAUCCAACGUAUGGCGUUUUUAUAAAUGAAAUUUGCGGAAUACCAAACAAUAAUAAAACUGGCCAGUAUUGGAUGCUUUACGAUCUUCCGUCGAAACCUGAUGUUUAUGAUAAGCCUUGUGGUAAAAUGCAAUCGUCAGUUGGUGUCAGUGAGCUAAAGAUAGUGAAGUAUCAUUACUACUUGUUCUGGUAUCAGACAAGCGAAGGACAAGGACAAUGCGGCUAAAUCUUUUACGAGGACUAUUUCACUGUUCCAACUGAUGUCGAUAGCGAAUAUUUUUUGUUGAGUCUUUUUUUCAUCUAUAAAAUAUUAAAUUGUACCAAACAUUACAAAAACAAAU